GUUUAUCCGGUGUGUGCUCGGUGCCGUCAGUCGGUCUGUGUCGUUAUUACUGACCGUGACUCUUUCGCAGUUUAACGAGUUAAACGUUAUCGAACCCCUGAUUACCGGAAACAUGUCGCACACCGUCGUCACCACGACAUCCACCACCAGGACUUCCGGUGACAGCGUCUUCAACGCGGGCUACACCCGGACCAUCCCGGGUCUGCUGAAGAUGGGACAGAUGCUCGCUCUGCUCAUCACCUUCCUGUGUGUCCGCUGUGCUCGCGGUUGGCCCAGCUGGGCGGCGUUCCAGUUCUUUGAGGUGGUGACGCUGUGGUUCCUCGUGGCCUUCCUCAUCUUCUUCCUCAUGCACCUGUUCAGGCUGCAGGCCAAGAUGCCGUGCAUCAACUGGCCUCUGACGGAGUUUUUCCAUUACUCCGUCGGCACCGUCCUCAUCCUCAUCGCCUCCAUCGUGGCUGCGGUGAACAGUGGAUCUGUGUCUGCGCUGGUGGUGGGAUCGGUGUUUGGCUUCAUAGCCACGUUCCUGAUGGCCGUGAGUCUGUGGACGUCCUACAGUGUGACCUGUGGUCCUCAUCCCACAGGUUCGACUGUGUAAGACAUCGUCUCUAAGCAAACCGACCUUUCAGCUCAGCAGCCACCUGGAUAAUUCACCUGAUCACAACUCAGAGGUAACUAGUGCUGAUCCAGGACAAGCGUCGUUUCAACCAUUGAAAUGUAAAUAUAUUCUGUUUGCCACUGAAUCUUCUCAAACCUCUGACGUCACAUGAAAAGGUGCCGAGUCUCACAUUUCAACCAUCGAUUGUAUCAGUGACACGUUUGAUAAUCUCACUUUUCAUAUUAUUGUCACGACUACAUUUCCCAUCAUCCCUGCUGCUUCCCGCCUGAAACAGGUCGACAUGUUUAAAGAUCUUUUCUGUCUCGUGAGCUUUUCGUUGCUCAUCAGCUGUGAGCGUCUAUAGAACAGCGCCCUCUUCCUGUUGUGUGUCCUCCUGACAGUGCGCUCUCUUUUUUAAUUUCCUCAGUGUUUAACGCUGCUAGCUUGAUUUGUUCAGAUUGAUUUUAACGUCCAGUGUUUUACGUCCUCCGCUCAGCGACAUCAGUUCAGAGCGACUCUUUUAAAAUCACUUUUCACAAUGAUGCACAGUAUAGCCCUGUUAGCCUGCGAUGCUAAUAUCGCUAGCACACCAAAAUAUCUGCCUUGUCAUUCUGGUGUGCUAAUAACUAUUACAAGCAGAUAUUUUAUAGAAAAAAGCUUGCAUGCUAAUGACUUUGUUAGCAUGCUAAAACAUUACUCAGGGGCUAAUACACACGUGUGCUAAAACCUAAAGCAUGCGAAAAAGUCUUAUGAUAUGAAAUAGUGAAAAAUAAAACAACAGCAUGCUAACAAGGCUACAAACAAAACCUGGAUUAAUAAAGUUUACUUAUUGUCAACAUAUUUGAAGUGCAGAAUCAAACCAACGACAUAUUAUCUACAGACGAGUCUGAACGGCUGUGGAUUCGUCUACAAAUCGUUUCUUCAGCCACGAGCUGAUUGGUCGUUGAUUCUCGAGCUCGUCAGCUGCUGUGGAAAUCUGUUGCACAGAAACAUACAUGUUAACAAAGAAUAUGCAAAAAAUAAUUAAAUGAACCAAAUAUCAAACGGAUUUUCAGAUUAAUAUCAUGAUUUAAUGGACCAAUGGUCUGGAUCAGAAACAUUCAUGUCUGGAUUAUUAAACAGGUUCACGUGAAUAAAAUGUUCACACAGAGGAUUUAACUAUUCAACAACUUGCACAACUAUUAACCAACCAACCAAUGAGCAGAAUAAUAAAAAGUAUUUGUGAUACUGUAUAAAUAAAGUAGGACUUCAGGAUUAAGGUUUAUGAAUUUUACCAGACUUGGUAAAAUUUGUGUUUUUGCCAUUCAGGUUCCCCAGUUAUCAAAGUUAUGGAGGUUUACUCAUUAUUUCUGUCUCUGAGAAAAGUUUGUAAAAGGAAAAUUCAUUCACACUAAUGUUUUUCUCCUGGUGCUAAAAGAAGCUUAGUUCAAACUGAGCUCUGCUCUCGUGGAGACGUUAAUCUUCAGUUUACUGCCUUAACUGUCAAUCAGAUGCCAAAAAGUGACAUGGUGCAUCCGCUCCUUCACUGAACGUGUCUUUAACUCCCGGUGGAGCCGCAGACAACACAACAAAGGGAUUCACGUCUAAUUGGAUAAAUCGACUGUUUCACUUUGACUCUGUGGAAGUUUACAUUUACAUGACAAAUUCUAAUGUAUUCAAAAAGAGAUUCUUGUCUUCGCCUCUGGUGCAAACGAUGCAGCCUCUACACACUGGGAGAGAAGUUAACAGUCACUGGUUUGGAGCAAUCCAGUUACUCAAAAGAACAAUGAUUGGAAACUCUUUGAUAAUCAUUUCUUUAGCAAAAUUGACAAUCACUUAGUGAUGUUAGCGACUCCAGUUUGAGUCUUUCGUACGUUGGGGUGUGGAAAAUUGAUCGGGGGGGUGGGGGGGGGGGGGGGCUGAUGAUCCAGAAACUCUCAGUGUGCAGAGGUUUAACAUCCUGUUGCAUCACACCUGCUCAAAGCUGAUUUCUUCAGAGUAAAAACAUUUGUGUGUUUGAUGUUUGUGUGAUGGACCGAGACGUUCACACCUGCUGAGCUUCUUCUUGUUUUUCUUGUGUUUGACUCAUGAAGCUUGAAUCCAUUAGCACCUCCUGUGAAAAGCUGAAACCACAGUUUAACCUGCUGUUGAGGAAUAUCAGAAGCUGAAGCACUUAUGUAGAAUCACUGGACAUGAAUAAUGUGUAGCUUUUAUUUUGAGCUUUAUUUUAGCAUGUUUAGAUUUUUUGUAUUUCUACUGUUAAACUUUUGAUAUAUCAAAUAUUUCCAUCAGUAUUUAGCCAGAGUUCAGUUUUGGUAUAGAAUUAUACUGUAUUUUUUAUGAAUGCAUUUGAAUUUUUUGACUCUUUAGCUAUUUGUUUUGUUUUUUAUUGCCGCCUGGAGUUGCGGAGGAAUCGGAGCAAAUUAGUUUCAGGUCUGCUGACGAUCUAAACUCGACUGUUUCCAUUGUCUUCUCUUCUCGAGGAGAAGAUGUCACCACCUCUUAGAUUCCCUCGGACUCCAGGUCCGACCAACACUGAUGUUUACAUCCUCUAUUCCUGCAUGUUUGUGUUUUCUGAUGCUUCAUGAUGCACAGUGACCGGACUUAAGGCAGUUUGUCCACUGGGAGAAAAAGGAUUCUGGGAAAUAUGCAGCCGUGUGGUGGCCUGUAAGUGCUGUUGCAGUACGGCCACAGAAUAUUACGUGAUCUUAAAUGGACGUCUCCCGAGAAAACAAAUGAAAUACAAAAUAAAUAAAUCUGUUAAGUGAACAAUAUUCAAAUUUUCAGUAUCUUAGAUUUCUUUUAGUUGUUAAAAAAUCUAAGAUCAUAAGAGUGUUUGUGUCUUCAGGGAGCCUUUCACACCUCGUUUGUGUCAGACUCUUCAGUUCAGUGUGGACCUAAACACCAGGUGUGAACGGCUCCUCAGACCAACGCACAAAAAGCUUUUGUUGUAUUUUCAACAUUUGUCUAACCAGAUUUGACAAACUGCUGAGUGCAGUUGAGAUGUCCGUUCACGUCUGUGGGGUUCCAACAUCUCCGUGAACCCAGUGGACUCACCAACCCUCACAGGUCACAUCUGAUUUCCUCCAAAGUGCCUUAAUGUUGUGUUGAGUUAUUGUUGGGUCCGUUAACGCUUCCAGUGAAGAGAACCGUGUGGUCAGACUCUGGUGGAGAGAUGAAGAGAUCAGAAGAAGCCAUGUCCAGUGUUAUUGAUCAGACGUCACAUCACAUGUUGUUUCUCGACAUUUUUUAAAGUUUAAAGUUGUGAUUUUUGUUGCAUGUUGUAAAUUAAAGGCUCAUUGCACCAAC